CUUCCGUACUUGCUACUGCACUAAGUUCGGCGCUAAUCUCCCAGCCACUUAGCGUCCCUUAGCCUAAUUUGCUAGUUAGCCGAGGCUUUUCCUUUCGGUCGGUGGUUCUCUCUGACUUGACACAGGCAGCGCUCAGAAGCAGCUUUAGGGCGCGGUACAUUAGCCAGUCCAGGACAAGCCUAGUGCGCCUUCAGUGGUUGACCAUAACGCAGCCCUUCUGAGUCGACUUAAGAGUCGCCUAGGUCAUCAACAGCGUAGCGCCCACUGCUCAAUUUCACCUCGGUUUCUCGGCUCGAACGACCCUCGGACGACGCUCGAACGACGCUCGUACGACGCUCGUACUAGGCGUGUUUGGACUCCAACCACAUUUCGGGAGAGAUGAUCGGCUCACAUUCUCGGUCGCCUCCAACGGCGAAUCGUAGGUUUCCACGUGGCGUCCUAACUGCUUUGGCCACGUCAUUAGCCGUCCUCUGCUUCCUCUCCUCGAUUGUCCGUGUUUCAUGCGAGGCGGUCGGUACAUAUGCCACAGAUCCCAGCUCAGAUGUAACGUCUGCCAGCUCAGCUGUAACGUCUGCCAGUUCAGAUGUAUCGAAUGCCAGCUCAGUUGUCACGAGCGUUUCUACCGCGGAUGUAACGCCUGGAAAAGUGUUCAGCCGCGGACGCUACACCGUGAAACGCGGAGCCUUCCUUCUGAAAGGCCGACAAUUCCUUUUCAAGAGCAACCCCCCCAAGCCUCUCCGCAUCUGGUCGCCUAAGCCCGCCACAGCCACUGCCCUGCCAGUGCUGGUUUUCCAACAUGGCUUUUCCUCUCAGAACACCAUGUACUCCCAGCUGCUGACGCGCAUUGCGAAGCAUGGCUUCAUUGUGGUGGCGCCACAAAUGUACCCUGUGACAGCAGGCUACAAUACAGCGCCAGAGAUGCGCAGUGCAGCUAACGUCAUAGGCUGGCUGCGCAAACGCCUAGCCUCGGUCCUCAAGAACCGUCUCAAAGUGAAAGCUGUUCCGGAUUGGGAAAAGUUUGCUAUUUCGGGACACAGUCGAGGCGGUAAAGUCGCGUUCGGAGUCGCAAGGGGAUUGGUCAAGAAAUCCCCGGUUACAAUCGGUGCAGUAAUUCUGGUCGACCCUGUAGAUGGCGCCUAUCAAGGGAAAAGCGUUCCAGCUACACUGACCCACAGUCCAGGCUCCAUCACUCUGAGCGCUCCUGUACUCGUUAUAGGAGCAGGGCUGGGUCCCAUUCCAAGCCAAGAAGGUGGGAUGCCAUGUGCACCGGCUUAUUUUGGCCACAAGUUCUACUAUUAGGAUCUUGCAGCCUCGGCGUAUCACGUUGUGCUGCCUAAGUAUGGGCAUGCAGACUUCAACAAUGACUUGAGAAUACCGGUUAAUGUGUGCCCUGGUGGCCCGAAGAAAGCCAAGGCACGUGCAGCAACUGCUGGACUUGUGGUGGCGUUUCUUAGGGCAAAGCUGGAUGGGGAUUCGAAUGAUCUUGAUGAUGUGUUGGCCAAUCCAGGCCACUCUCCUGUCACCUUGUCACCAGUUGAGUCUAAAUGAAGGCUGACUCAUUGGAAGUGAUCUGCUACAUGUGGUGCGCUGCUGGCCGUCUCGACCAAGCUCUGUUACCGGUACCGCACAAAUAUCAGCAGCACAGGCAUUGCUCCAGGCU